AAAGGAGAGUGAAGGGUCAUUCUGUACAGUCAAUAGACACAUUCUCUCAGAGGAGAAAGAAUUGAUUUAAAAGGAUUGAAUAAGGUGGUUCUGGACUCUACUUUCUGCUCUCCUCCUUCUAAAGGAUGUCUCAGAGGAGUAAAGCAUCCUCAAAAGAAAGCACCUCUCAUGGUCCAUCAUCCUCAUCAGAAGGCCCUCCUCCACGCUCUGCUCUUCGCAGCUCCUCCAAAGAGUCGAAAAACUCAGCAGGUCACAAGGGCUCUCCAGGUCACCAAGGAAGCCGUGGCAGUAGAUCUUUCAGCCAGAAUUCAGCCAUUGCUGCAGCAUAUACACAGUAUCUCAAUGCUCUCUUUGGACAAGACAGAGAUUUACUGCCAGAGGAACUAGAUGAGCUGCUUAUAGCAUUUAAAGAGUUUGACUAUGAUCAGGAUGGGUAUUUGCAUUAUAAAGAUGUUGCAGACUGCAUGAGAACUAUGGGAUACAUGCCAACAGAGAUGGAACUGAUUGAGAUCAUCCAGCAGAUCAAAAUGAAAUGGGGAGGUCAUGUGGACUUUGAUGAUUUCUGUGAAUUAAUGGGGCCCAGGAUGCUGGCUGAGACGGCACAUAUGGUCGGUCUAAGGGAGCUGCACUGCGCUUUCAAACAGUUUGACACUGACGGUGAUGGACAGAUCACCUUUGAAGAGUUAAAGGAGUCCACAAAGACGCUGCUCGGGGAGAAACUGAAGAAGGGAGAACUGGAAGAGAUUCUGAUGGACAUUGACCUCAACGGAGAUGGGAAUGUGGACUUUGAUGAGUUUGUUAGGAUGCUGUCUAUUCGGUAGCUGAAUGGUUUUUCCAUAACUGUCAACUCAAGCUUGGAUCAUCAAACCACCUAUGCUGUCACUCCCAAGUUGUUAAAUACUUUGUGUAUAAACUACCAUGAGUAUAUUUAUGUGGCAGAUGUACAGAGUAGAGAUUUGUAUUAAAUAAACUAACAUUCGAUGUGACUGGAAAAUAACUUCCUGGUCUUUUAGAGCCUGAAUGGCGGAUUAUCUAAUCAGAACGAGAACAAAUCUGAGUUAUAAAACAUCUGCUGUUGCACAAUCAGUGACACUGUGCUGCCACCUAUUGGAGAUUUACACGUAGACUACUUAUACAUACAGGUGAAACUCGAAAAAUUCGAAUUUCGUGCAAAAGUUCAUUAUUUUCAGUAA